AUGGCAGGCCCGGUACGCCAGCCUAUCGAUCUGGCCGCGUUGGAACGCUACGUCGACAAGAACGUCCCCGAAAUCAAGACCCCGCUCGAUCUGAAGCAGUUCGGCUUCGGUCAGUCGAAUCCUACAUAUCAAAUCACCGAUUCUACGGGGACGAAAUAUGUGAUGAGAAAGAAACCCCCCGGACGCCUCCUCAGCAAAACCGCCCAUCGGGUCGACCGAGAGUACCGCAUCAUCAACGCGCUGGGUCAGACUGAUGUCCCUGUCCCCAAGGCUUACUGCUUGUGUGAAGAUGAAAGCGUGAUCGGCACGGCAUUCUACAUAAUGGAGUUCUUGGACGGCCGCAUGAUCACCGAGAACCACAUACCGGGAUCCAGUCCAGAAGAGAGAUAUGAGAUGUGGCGCGAUGCCGUGCGGACACUUGCCAAAUUCCACCGUGUGGAUUUCAAAACGAUCGGACUGUCGGAUUUCGGUCGUCACGGAGGAUUCUACGACCGCCAGCUGAAGACGUUUGGGACUCUGUCAAAAGCACAAGCCGCGACCGAGGAUGUGGACACGAAGAAACCCGUUGGCGAUAUCCCGCAUUUCACCGACAUGGUGGAUUUCUUCAAGCAGAAAUCCAGUCAGCCGAAAGACCGGUCGACCCUGAUACACGGUGACUACAAGAUCGACAACCUGGUGUUCCACAAGACCGAGCCCCGGGUGAUUGGUAUCCUGGACUGGGAAAUGGCCACCAUCGGCCACCCGUUGUCGGACUUUGUCAACCUCACGGCUCCCUUCUCGUGGGUCGGGAGAGUCAACGGCUCCGGUCAAUCCGAGAAGUCAAACGAAGCCUUCAAGCCCGGUGCGACCCCCGGUCUCCCUACCUUGGACGAGUGCAUCAAGUGGUACGCAGAAGCUUCUGGGUACGAUCCCGCGUCGGAGUUGGCGUGGGGAACUGCCUUUGGAGGCUUCAGGGGCGCCAUCAUCAUGCAAGGUAUCGCCGCGAGAUACGCGCGCAGGCAGGCGAGUGGCACGACGGCCAAGAACUACGCCGAGCAAAUGGCUCCCUAUGGUGAGUGGGCGUAUGGUUUGGUAGAGAAGCUGAUAGCCACGUCAGAUGGCAAGGCGAAGCUAUAA